CAGAUUUGCGCCACAGCAAAAAAAAAAACGCUGCCCGGAAAGGGGCCCGCGUGCAGGCAAUUGGGGAAGCCUACGCACGCGCCCCGCCUUGAAGGGCUCUACUGGGUCUUGCGGUCACGGCCUGGGCCUCCUGCUAGUGGUGGCUACGAAUGCGCGAUGCAGCCAUAUGAAAAAAAUUGAAACCUCAUCUGCCUUAUUGUUGCGAGGUCAGUUCUACGGUCAGUCUCAUGAUAUAGAGCUGCUAAGACCCAGCGUUGGCGUGGUCCUAAGUAAUGCUGGCGUAAGGAAAUUGGUCAGUUUACCGGCACUAAGCCUGAAUUCCCAGCAGUGCAAUUUCCGAAGCAAAGCAAUAUCAUUCAAACACACAUGCCCAACGUAGAAGACGGAAAGACCUCUAGGUUGUUGAUUCGCAUGUAAGUACGCCCGAUUAAGUAGCCACGUAUUGAAAACAAAAUAAUGGUCUGCGACUAGCCGGCCUGCCUUUCGCCGAUGAAGGACUGCUAGUGGAACCGCCCAGCUACCAUGGGCUCGUCACCGGAAGAUGUCCUCCGAAGCGCGAAGAUCCAGAGCUAUGCCUGUCCCCGGAACCAGGUGUGUGCGCUGGUCGACGCAAGGGCCUUGGGCUAUCUCGAGGGCUUCCUGCUAUCUUGGAGAAAAAAACUAGCAGGACAUAUUUCCAAUGCAAAAAUACACGUAUAAAAGAAUCUGUCAUGUACAUCCUAAACUCGAUGCCAGGCGCACGCCCAUGAGAGAAUUUUUUUUCCGCUUCAAUAAUUUUGCAUUGCAAAUGUGCUCUGCUAGCUUCUUUCUGUGGGAUACCUGCAGGAGAUUGCCCAGCGGAACCCGCGCAGCCCUGCUACCUAUGCAUUGCAAAAUCGUGUGGGUCUGGAAGAGUGCAGGUUUGUCAUGCUUGUCGCACAUGACAGUUGAAUCUGUAAUGCGUAAGCAAGAAGAAAGCCUCUUGCCUGUCAUGCAAAAGCGCAGUUUGCCAUACGAAAGGCGAAACGCAAAAGAGCCCAAAAACUUGUCAUGCGUGGCUGCGUAUUGCAGUGCGCCCAUAAUUCAAAAACUAGCAUCACAAGUUUCCAGACACCCAGGGAUAUUUGCAGUGCAUACUACCAACGAGCCCGCAAUCGUGGUUCCCCUCCGAAUAUCUUGAGAAAUUGGUGUUACAGUUACGCACCCUGACGCAAGACCAGCAAGACAGACAACGUCUGUCAUGCAAAAAAUGCUUUCCACAAGCCUCACAACUUCAUCGACGUUUUUCCCCUUAUUGUCUGCGCAUUACAAUUUUUCUUUGCCAUGCAGGGCAACUUUGUGAUGCUGAAAUUGCAACAAAUGUGUCACUGUAGCACUUCUUUCGUGCGAUACCGGACGUCUCCGGAUGGUAACUGCCUGGUGAACGCCGUCUCCAUUGCGGUGUCCGGGACGGAAGCGCACAGUGGCGUGCUGCGCGAAAAGAUGGCAGCGGAGCUGACGGACAACGGAAACUGGUACCACAACAAGUUGGUCAUCGCGCACGGAACCGCAGAGGCUGCGACGAAGGAGCUGGAGCAGGCGAAGCAGCAAGCGAGCUCCCCGCAAGCGUUUCUGGGCAGCCUGCACAUGCUGGCGCUGGCCAACGUCUUGGAGCGGCCGGUGAUUCUCGUCGCAAGCAGGGAAAACAUGCGGACCCUCGUAUCAAGAUGGAAAAUCCCCCGUCCCGAUAUUCAAAACGAAAUUUGUGAUGCUGGGUUUGUGUACACAAAUAAACUGCGUCUUGCAGUAAGGACUGGAAGCAAGGUAGUUCUCAGCCUGUUUAGAAGCAGUAGGCCCUAGUUGUCUAGCAUGACAAACGCCUACCCCCGUAGCCGAACAGCCUGAGAAAUUGAAUCCAGAAUGCGGCGCACACUUCUGCGCCUACCUUCUUGCAAUACCACGCCGAUUUGUGGCCACAAAUCUACAUACAGAAACUGUAUUUUUGAGUAUGGGGAGUGGGGAUUUUUCCUCGGAGUACCGCGGCGUCGGCUACCACGGAUAUGAAGUGCAAAUAUGUCCGGGUCUAGAGGGUUCCGAACUUGUCAUGCUAGGUCUGGAUCAUGCAAAAAUCUGUGUUGCAUGAUAACCAAAUGUUGUCUACGACGUUUGAACAGGUUGAGAGGGAAUUUCUCAUGCAGUAUGGACAUAGUUGUAGACAUCUCGAAAAUAAUACGUCAUGCUAGUCCUGCCGUCCAGAUCUCGCGGGUCAUGGAAAAUCAGUACUUAUCAGCAUGACAACUCUUGCAAUCUUCCAGAAGAACCCAGACAUAUUUGUACUGCAUAACGGACUCGCCGGAACGUUUCUCCCCGUGCGGGUACUCGAGGGCUUUAUCAAACGGAAAAAUCCCCCCUCCCCAUAUCGAAAUGGAAAUCUGUGAUGCAGGAUUUGAGGUACCAAAUCGACUUGUCAUGCUAGAAGGCCAAGAGCCGCAGUCGUGGUCUCGUUUGCAGGCAAUUUGUCAUGCUGUUUCCCACUCUCAGCUGCCUCCUAUCAUGCUGAAGAUGCAAGGCUCCCCCACGCCACCCAGCACUCAGUCCGCAUCUUUUCCCGUGUAGCAUGACAAAGCUGAUUUGUGACAACAAAUCUGCAUCACAGAUUUCAGUUUUGAUAUGGGGAGGGGGGAUUUUUCCUUUUGAUAGGCUUGCAGGCCGAACAAGAGGAUCCGGCGGCCAAAUCCCUGCUGGCGCAGAAGCGACCCGUGGUUCUCGCCUGGGGCAGCGAAGCGCGGGACCAUUUCGUGCCGCUCAUGGGCGUCGGAACGGAAAUAUCCGUCGGCUUCCCGGUUCCAGCACCGCUCGCAAACGAGGGUGAGCUGCCCGACCCCUUCUCCCCGCCCCAGGUGCCGCAGGCGUGGAUCGACUACCUCUGCCGAAGCUGCGGCGAGCAGGUGUACUGUGGUUGCUGGGAGGCCUAUCAACAGGAAAAAUGCCCCCUCCCCAUAUCGAAAACGAAAUUUGUGAUGCUGUAUUUGAGUACAUCAGAAAUCGACCUGUAUUGCAAGAAGGCCAAGAGACGCAGCUGUGGCCUAAAUUGGAGGCAAUCUGUCAUGCUGUUUCCCACUUCCAGUUGCCUCCUUUCAUGUUGAUGAUGCAAGGCGUUCUACGCCAGCCAGCACUACAGUCCGCAUCUUAUGCCUUCUAGCAUGACAAAGCUGAUUUGUGGCCACAAACCUGCAUCACAGAUAUCCGUUUUGAUAUGGGGAGGGGGGAUUUUUCUUCUUGAUAAGGCCGCUUCCUUCACCGCCCCGCCACCGUCCAUAAAUCCGGAGUCAAAGCUGUUUCAUCCGCACCAAGCUGCAGCUGCAUCGCUCGGAACCUCUGUCGAGCCACCGCGCACACUGGAAACGGCGGUUGACGUGCUGUUGCUGCUCAAGCACGCCCACAGCGAGAAUGCAGAAUACGUCACGCUGCUCGAGACGCUGAGCAAGAUGGUGAAAAACCUCGCUGACUUUCCGGCGGAGGCGAAGUAUCGCAAAAUCAACCUGGAAAACGCCGCGUUCCAGAAGCGGUGUGGGCGGUUUAUCGGGAGUGUGGAACUCUUUCUCGCGCUCGGAUUCCAGUAUGACGACCAAGCAACGUCCCUUGCGUCACUCACGCUGCCGAAAGAGCGCGAGAACGGAGAGCUCAAUCGGCGAGUGGCGGGAACUAUCAAAUGCAAAAAUGUCUGGGUCUGGAAGGAUGUAACUUGUGAUGCUGCAUUUGGAUUCUACAAAAAUCUGUAUUGCGUGAACAGCAAAAGAGGCCCAGAUUUUGCGACGGCGAGAGGGCAUUUGUCAUGCGGUAUAGGCAUCAGGAAGCCAUCACAAAAUCUGUGAUGCUGGGGCAUGCAUCACAGACAUCAGGAGUCAUGCGAAAUGCAUGACAAACCUUGCAUCCUUCCUGACGCAGACAUUUUUACACUUGAUAGGAACCCUCGGAUCCAUGCUGGCGCAGUACGGCAAAGACAUCAUGAAGACGACCCAAAACUGAUGCAGUGUGCUAUCAAAUGCAGAUAUGUUGUCGGGAUCUGGUGGAUAAUAACAUGCGACUUGUCAUGCUGAGUAUUGCAUGACAGUGAGAUCAUGUUUUGAAUAUUGCAUGACGACGCGAACGAUGCUUUGCACAGCUCCGAUUGCGAUUUCAACUGUGUUUUGCAUGACAAAGUCUCUCACAGCACGACAAAAAGCGUGGUCGCUCCUGUUCAUGCACCACAGAUCUAUUCUUGCCCAUGAUCAAUUCGCGCAUGACAAAUCCAGAUCCAGGCAUAUUUGCAACGCAUAUGUGCCCGCCGCCACCUCGAAUUCUGGAAGGAUCGAUUGUCCUCGUUAAAAACCAGAUGAAAGACUCUCAAAUCAAUCGAAACCCAGCUCACUUGAGCAGGAAAACAGGAAACAAACCAUUGAAACCCGAUAUAGCAGUUGUUUUGCAUCGUAGCAACCUAAACCAGAACCGUAAACAUUGAAAAUAAAACUCGUGUUGCGUAACCGAAGCUCCCGUUCUUCUAGAAAAAAGAAU